UCCUCCUCCUCCUGCUCCCCCUCUCUUCUCCCCUCCCCCAUUGCUCCUCGGCCCCAUCCACCCGCGCCCUCUCCUCCCGAUCGCCGGAUCGCAUUCUCUGGCUCCCUGGACUCCUCCACUCCGUUCGUCCUACCCGUUGCUGCCCGAGCAGCCUGUGAUGUGCUAUGCGCCCGCCGCCCUGACUGGCUACCAUGGUUUCCCGUAAUGCCUCGGCUGGCCUCGAGCCGCCGAUUAGGCCACAUGCUGGCCGGCGGCGGUGCCACCUCUCCCCCCAACUGGCAUCUCGCCCGGGUGUCGGUUUGAUCGGGGUUUUUCUCUUAUUUCUAUUGUUGGCCCCCGGGGCCGGAGCCGAGCCGGGGCCUCCGCGCUCGCGCUCGACACGGACAAGCACUUCCCCAAAUCCGGGGAUUGAGUUCCUGCUGAGCGCCACAUCCUUCGUACCGGCAUCCUACUCAGCCGAUGCGCCGAUCCCGGUGGACGCCUGGCACACCUGGCACGGGUCCGCCAUGCGCGCGGACGGCACGCUGGAGCUAUGCUUCGAGGCAGGCAGCACCGUGGCCGGGCUUUUGAUGCAUGCCUCCCCGGUGUUGCCCUGGCGAUCGACCGCCUCCUUGGCCACCGGGCCCUGGCUACGGCUCGCCGCAUCGGUCCCCCCCGGGACACCCCCUCCGGCCCAUGGCAGUUCGAGUCCCGGACCGGGUGUUGUGCCGGCGGCGGGCUGUCCGGCCGGGCUGCCCCUGAGUCAGGCUGCCGGGGCUUCUGCCGUCGGUGGCGACGCGCCCUCCCUCCGCAUCGCCGGUUUGGAUGAGCACCCCUGGAGCGACUCGCGUUCGGUGUUUGUCAUUCGAUCCACCGCGCAUGCAUCCAACUCCCCGAUCCGGGUGGCCCUGAUGGCCGAAUGCCGGUUUUCCUUCGAUGUGAUGCCCUCGUUCUGGCUUCCGGAGGAGGAUCUCGUUUUCUUUCAGGCUGUCGACCAGCAGCCGGUGGCCCUUUUCGGGUCGGCCUCCAAGCGCCUGACAGCACUCGUUGGCAUCACCUCUUCCUCGGGGCAUUUGGUCCUCUUUCGGGAUCUGGUCCUGCCAAUGGUGACACCCGGACGGCCCUUUUCCACGACCGCAUCAUGGGCUGCUGACAUCCCUUUGGUCCUGCGGCCCGAGCUCGGAUGGCCAGCCGCCAAGUCAGCCCCGCCUGGACAGGGAUCUGCCUCCUUUUCUACCUCCGGCUCUUUUUCGGACACUUCCACCUCCUCGACCGGAUCCGCGCCACACUCCUCACAUGCCUCCUCGACAGGCUCCUCCCCGCCGGCAGAUGCCUCGUCGACAGACGCCUCUUCGCCAGCUGCCUCCUCCUCAUUGGCUGCCUCCUCCUCAACGGCAGACGCCUCUUCGCCGGCUGGCUCCUCAUCAUCAGCUGCUGCUUCCUCACCGGCUGCUUCCUCCUCAUCAUCAGCUGCUGCUUCCUCACCGGCUGCUUCCUCCUCUUCAUCAGCUGCCGCAUCCUCAUCGGGCGCCUCUUCUUCAUCAGCUGCCGCAUCCUCAUCGGGCGCCUCUUCUUCCUCUCUCUCCUUCUCGUCCUCCUCAUCUGGGGCACCCUCGAGCCAUGUCCCCGGGUCCUCCUUCGAGUCGGCUUCCUCCUCGGUGUCUGGCUUUUCGGCGGGCAGUUCUCCGGCCUCAUCGGCAGAUGGGCCAGCCACAUUUUCAAUCUCCCCCUCCGCCUCUGAGUCCCGGCCUCCUCCGGAGGGGAUUUGGCUGUCCUCGGCUGAUACCGAUGGGGAUGGCGACCCGGACUUGCUGGUCAUGUUGCGCCAUCGGCCGUCAGCCACCACACCCAUCAAGCUCUUGCGGUUGCGUACAUCCGUGGUGGCUUCGUCUCCAGCCACCACGAUGGACUUCCCGCCGGAGGUGUUGUUCACUCUUCCCUUGGAGGCGCAGUCGGUCGUGUUUGCCCGGCCAGCUCAUCUGACCAAGCUCGAUGGGGGUUCCAUGCCAUCCCCCUGUGCGGACUUUGUGCUUCUGACCUCCGGCUCCGGGGGCAAGCUUGCUCUGUCGGCCCUGUUGGCCGGGGCGUGCGGAUCCCCCGACGCCCAGCCGCACUACUCGCUUCACACAUUGCCGGUUCCCUGCCUGACAAGUGUGGGAUGGGUCCGGCUGGCAGACGUCAAUGCCGAUGGCAUGGUCGAUGUGGUGGUCCUCUGUGCGUCCGGCGAAUUGGGCUACUUCCUGGGUCCGCUGGCACAGAUGCCGGCCGCUGGCCCGGCAGAGCUCACUCCCUCCGGGCGGGCCUGGACCCGUGCGACCCUUCCGCCGGUCGUGCGCGAUCGCUUGGCCCUCUCGCCAGUCCGUUGGAUGGAGGUGUUGGACCUCAAUGGGGAUGGGCAUGCGGAGGUGGUGCUCGGGUUUUCACGUCUGCCCGUUGAAAGCCCCCUCAUCCAUCCAAUGCCUUUCUUCUCCAACGCAUCGACUCUCCUCAAUACGGCCAACAGCGAGACGCUGGUUGUGGUGUUGGUGCCAGCCACCGAGGCGGCCCUGGCAGUCGCCACCUCAAGUGGAGCUCUUUGCGAUUGCGGUGCCUCCGGUGGCUGUCGCUGGCCGACGUCUCUGGAUGCCGGGCUCUAUCCUUACCCUUCUAUGGAUGGCAAUGUGUGCGCUUGCGCGGCCAACAUUCAACAUGACUCGGUGGGCAGGUGUGAGUUUUGUCGCCCGGGCUUCGCUGGCACAGCCUGUACCAGUCGUUGUUUCGAGGGAUGUCACACAUGUGACCGGCGCUUCCCCGGGGUUUGUCUCUGGUGUCAAGAGGGCUUCCUGCUGGCGGGUGGUCACUGCAUCGAGGCAACCACCUGUCCCGAUGGCUUCGACUAUGCGGUCGGCGUGUGCGCAUCAACCACAGCUGCGGCUCCCGGCCCGGCCACUGCUUGGCAUGGAAACCAGCCAGUCGGAGUUCAAGUUGCCGGAGCCUCCUCAAGGUCUUCCCCUUCAAAUGCCACUACCACGUCUGGCAUGGCCACUCCGGCUGCUACUUCCAACUCGAGUGGCGCUUUAUCUGCCUCUCCCUCACCAUCCCCGGGAGAGCCAUCCAUGCAUGGUAGUUCGCAAGAUGCCAGCUCUUCCUCAUCCAGUGGGUCUGGCGUCCCCUGUCGGCCCUGGUCGGUCAAGUCGCGGGAUUGGUCCAAGUCCAAGAUGCGUGUUGUCGCGGCAUCGCGUCCGCAAAGCAUCCCCAGCUCGGUCGCCAGGGCUUCCUUGCCCACCUCCGACCCGGCCACCUCGUCCGGCAGCUGGCCCGGUUCAGGGUCCCGCAGCAUGGGAAAUCCGAUCGGCGACACCGACCAUGCGAUUGGUGGCGCGCGUGGCGGCCCCCACACCCCCGAGACCACUGGCAGUGCCGAUCAGCAUACCAAGCUUGCUGGCAGUCAUGAUGGCAGCCCGACUGAUCUUGACUCAAGCAGCAGCCCCAGCCCCAGCCCCAGUUCCAGUUCCGACUUUGGCUCCGGCUCUCGCUCCGGCCCCGGCUCCCGCUCCGGUCCCCCUCCCGGGUCUGGUCCGGAAGCUGGCUCUUUCACCAUGCCUGUCCCGGGCUCCGAGCCCUCUCUGGGCCCUGGUCCUGGUGGUGGCAGUUCCGAAGAUGCCUCGGAUGAGCUGCCCCUGUGCCCGAUUCAGGCGGUCGAUGUUGGCUCCUUCUCCUGGGUCACCGAGAUGCGGUCCAUCGCGCCGGUGACAGAGCUGGCCUUUGGCCCGUUGUCGGCUCAAAUGCGCCGGGUGAGCAUUGCUUCUUACCCGAUCUUCCAUCCGAUUGGCGACGUUUCCGAGCCCGGGUCCGGCCCUUCGCGGCUCUUCCUGGGCACAGGCCCCAACCACACUUCCGUGGCCGAGGUCACUCGGCGCUCGGCCUGCGACACCGAGGGGCUGGUCAAUUGGCCGGAAUUCCGCCUGUCGGUGUCCGGGACCACGCUGUUCGGGACGUCGCUCGGGGUGGACCCGACAGGGGCCAUCCGCUGGCUCGGGCAGGCGGAAAGCUCUCGGGUCAAUCCGCUGCCUCUUCCGCACUUGGUGCACAUUCACCGUGAGGGCAUGCAGAUGCACCUGCCCCGGGGGGAAAUGGUGCAGUCCGCCCGCCGGUAUGUGGUAUCUGGGCGCUUCUCCCUGCCGGAUCGCCUGACCCCGUUGUCGGUCAUCGAGCGGAACACCGUGUCGAUCUUCCUCUCGCCCGGUGGUCAAAGCCUCUUUUCCAUUCCCUCGGUGGUCCUGCGCACGCUGGCCGUGGAGCUGGUCCCCGGGUCGGGCCUGGAUGAUCUUUUGGUGGUCAGCUGUGCCGAGGUGACCGAGCCUCGGCCCUUGGAUUGUGGGACCUCGCAUGUUUUGUGGCACAUCCCGGCGCCCCUCCUUGGUUCGACGGAGCCCUCGACCAAUGGCUCGGUGCGGCCCAUUCGCUUGAUCACCUUCACCAAUGGCGUCAUCCAUGCCCUGGUGGCCGGGGACUUUGAUGGCGAUGGCGACAUGGAUGUGGCCCUGUUGGCCACCUGGUCGGAGAUGCCCGUCGCGGCGCCCCAAACCCCUUCGCAACGUGGGGCAUUGUUGGCGGACACCCCGCCGCCGCCCGGCUGGCCGACAAACAACUUCCCUCCGGUUGCGGCUCCCCGGCGGCCGAUUCGUCUUCUGCGCAAUCUCUUCUCCGAAACCGGUGACUCCAGGCUUGUGGAUUUGGGCGCCUUGGCGUUUGAAUUCCCCCUGGACACCGUGCUCCCGGUGGAGCGGGCCUUCCUGGUGGCCACCGAUGCCGAUGGCGAUGGUGUGGCCGACUUGUUUGUCGGGUGGGGCCAGGCGCGCAUCCGACUGUUUUUGAGCCGGCCACUGGCGGUGCUUCCCCAGCGGCCGAGCAAUGCCAUCUUCCAGACGAAUGCCAUGCUUUUCAGCGAGGCACCUGUCGGCUUUCGGCCGCCGGUGUUCGAGCGCCUAUCGGCCGAGGGCCACGAGCCGCCGCUGUCGAUCACGGCCUUCUGGGCGGCGGAUCUCGAUGGCGAUGGCUUCGCCGAGUUGGUGGUAUCUCUGCGGGGCCGGCACUCGGUGGAGGUGUAUAGCCGGUCUUCGACACUGGUCGGGUGUGGCUGCGGUGCGGGGGGCACAUGUGCCGAUGUUCCCAGCACAUGGCCACCGCCGGCCAUGCAUGAGCCGGACUUCUGGGCUCCCUGCGCCUGUGCCAGCGAGCAGUUCAUCCACAACUUCACCGGCUAUUGCCGGGCCUGUGCCCCGGGAUCGGGUGUCUUCCCAUUCUGCCGCCGGUGCCCGGAAGACUGCCUGGACUGCCGCGAUGACGGAACGGGCAUUUGCUAUCAGUGUGCCCCGGGGCUGGUUCUGCGGGCGGAUGGUGUUUGUUCCAGGACUUGUGAUCUCGAGGAAACCCCACCAAGCGAAUUAUACCCGACACACUCGCGCAAGCUGCUCCAGCAGGCCGGCCAGCUGAGAAAUCCGAUCCACAGUUCGCCCAUCAUGGAGGCCCUGCGAAAGCAAGCGGCCGCCCUUCUGCCGGACAUCCCGUCUGGCGCCCUUUCGGCCACAUCUUCCUCUUCCUCGGCGCCGGGGCCGGGGCCGGGGCCGGGGCCGGGGCCGGCCGGCGAAGCAUGGUCGGUCAUCCGCGGCCGGUGCAAGCCGAUCGACCAGAAGAAUGUCCCCUUGCGGUUGGACUCCCCCUGGCCCGGGUCAAUGUUUGGACUCCGGGACACGGGGAUUCUCCCUCUGCAUUGGGACCCGGACAUUGGCUUUGUCUUCGCCGAUCGGGACUCCUAUUUCAUGGUUGACAUCCAGGGCCGGCUGUUUCAGGUGUCAGCCAAAACGGACAGCGCCGGCGGGCUGACUUGGUCGGAGCCCCGGCAGGUGGUGCUCGGUGGCCAGCUGUCGGAACUGCAAUUGGUCCCGGCCUUGGGCCUUUCCCCGGGGUUCGAUGCCAUCGGCGUGCUGUUGGUUCUGCGUCCGCGGCGCAUUGCCCUCGGGAGUGGGUCUCCACCGCUGACCGACCCCGAGGCGGACCCCUUCCAGACGACUGUGAUCUACUACUCGACGCCCGUGCCCCGGGCCAAUGGCCAACGCAGCGGCCUCAAGGGCACGGUGAUCAACAUGUCGCGCCCGGCGUCGGCCACCAUCCGGGGCUUUGCGGUGCCCGGGGCGCGGGUUGCGGUUGCCGGAGCACCGACGCGCGAUCCCCUGGCCAUAAUCAGCGUGCCGACGCACGAUUUCGACGUGGAACUUGGUGCUUCGCCCGGGGCCCGGCCGAAUCUCUUCAUGGUCCGGCUCAGCUGGGGGCGUUUGGUGGGCUACGGGGCGCUUCCCGGGUCAGAUGCAGCCCUGUCGGUCGGGCGCACGGCAUUCACUUCUGCCGAAGGCGCCGGCCUGGCUCCCCGGGGGGAUGUCAUCUUCCUGCUGGAUGCCAAUGCCCCCUGGCAGGGGCGGUCAGCCACAUCGACGGGCCCCAGCCGCCUGGGACUGGUGGCAGCCAUCGCCACCCAGCAUAGCCAGUUUCUGGUGGCGCCUUUGGGCGUGCCGCUUUUCUAUCCGAAUGUCGUGUCGCUGGAUGGGACGCAUGAUUUGGAUGGCGACGGCCGGCCGGACUUGUUGCUGGUUCUGGUUGGCCGAAAUGUCCCCACUCUGGGGGUUUGGUCGCCAGAAUGCAUGGAUCUCCAAUGUCGCCUGUCCCCAUCGCCGGCUUUCAUCAUCGAGCAGGCAUGGAGCGAGGCCCCCUGGUCCGUGCGACUGGCCGACCUGGAUCGCGAUGGAGACAUCGAUCUGGUGGUCCUCACCGAGCAGGGGCACCUGGUGGUGUAUGAGAAUUUCCUGGCCCAGGGGAUCCCACGGCGCUUUGACAAAAUCCUCAUCGACCCGCAUGCGGCCACGCCCUCGCCAUGGGGGCUCUUCCUACGGGAGGACUCGGCGGCCGGUUUGGCUCGGGAUUCGGCCGGUGCCGCGGCAUCGACAUCUGCCGCGGAGGCGACCACCCCGGAGGAGCGUUUCCAGGCGGCACUCAACGAUGCGCCUGUCUUCCUGAACACUUGGCGCUUUUCGUCGCCCACAGGGGCCAUCUCCAUCGGGGACUUCAAUGGCGAUGGGGUGCCGGAGAUCUACAUCACACGUCGUACCAGCAUGGAGCUGCUUGCCGGUCUCAAGGGGGGCAGUGGCUCCGAUUCGAUGCAUGCCAUGCGCCUUUCCGCGGCCUAUACCCUGCAGAGUGCCUCGCUGCUGGGCGAUCAAGCCAGCCACUCAAUGCGCACCUUCAGUGAUUCCUCCUCGUCGCUGGACAAUGGGCCGAGCAGCCCCUCGGGGCUGAUCCUGUGGACGGCCGGUGUCCAUUGCAACUGCCCGUCUGGGGCCACUUGCACGGCGGACCAGGAAAGUUGCGAAUGCUAUCCCGGGUUCACGCCGGUGUGGGGCGACCGCUUUGGAGCGUGUGUCCUCUGCAUGGCCGGGGAUGACUGCACCGCCUGCUCGCCGGAUGGCCAAGAAUGCAUGCAAUGUCGCGAGGGGCUGCUUCUGGAGGAUGGCUACUGUGUGGCCCAGUGCUCGGCCGCGUCGUUCUUCGUGCCGGCCACCCUUCCGCGGGAGCUCGGCGGUGUGGACGUCUGCCAGCGUUGCAACACCCGGUGUCGGACAUGCUCCGGGUCGGACCCGAGUCAGUGUCUUUCCUGCUGGACUGGGGCCUUCCUGGACAAGAGUCGCGGCUUGCUCGGCGACGGGGAAACCGGUGUCUGCGCCGAGUGCCAUGCCACAUGUGACUCGACCACCGGGUGUGCGGGCCCGGGCCCGGGGGAUUGCAUCGGCUGCGCGCCGGGCUUCCUGCGUGAUGGGCUGGUCUGCGCGGCCUACUGUGCAGAUGGCAUGGCCCCGCCGACCCCGGCCACCUUCGAGGAGUCGCUGUUCGGCGGCUCGGGCCCCGACGACAUGGCUGUGUGUGCCCCCUGUGCCGAUGGGCCGGCCUGUGUCAGGUGCUCCUCCUCAACGACCCUGGGCACAUGUCUCGAAUGUGCCGACGGGCAUGUUUUGCUGGCACUCUCGCCGGAGCAGGGUGGCUUUGCCUGUGCCGAAUGUGAUGCGUCCUGCCGGACGUGCUCCGGCUUGGCGGCCGACAGCUGCACAAGUUGUCCCGAUGGCAAGGUGCUUCAGCAGGGAUUCUGCGUGGAGGCCUGCCAUUCGGGCUUCUUCCUGGAUGCCGAGGCGGGCAUUUGCGAGCCAUGUCACCCACUGUGUAAGACAUGUGUGGGCCCGACCUCGAGCGCAUGCACCAGCUGCCGGCUGGGCUAUCAGCUUGCCGAGUCGGGCACCUGCAUGUCGGAGGAUGUUUGUCCCUCCGGGCAUUUCAUGGGCCUUGAUGGUUCGUGUGCGCCCUGCCAUGGUACUUGCGGGGAAUGCCUCGGACCGGACCCGGAGGAGUGUCUUUCCUGUCGCGCUGGCUCCGGGUUGUUGCUCUAUUCGCCCGAACUCCAACAGACAGUCCCGAAUCCGGACCACCUGCUGAUGGGGUCAUGCCUUGAGUCGUGCCCCAGCCGGACAUAUGCCUCGGCAUCCCCGGAGUCCGGUGGGGUGGAUGGCGGCCUGGCCGUGUGCCUGCCCUGCCAUUCCUCCUGCCUGCGGUGCACAUCCUCCCGGUUGACAACGUGCACGUCCUGCCCCGCUGGCAGUGUCCUGCAGGACUCCAUGUGCAUUUCGGCCUGCUCGCCCAUCCGGUGGUUCGAAGUUGUCCUUGAGGCAGAUCCCGGACCGGAGCCCGCCUCGACACGCGGCUGCCAGGCUUGUCACAGUAGCUGCCUUUCAUGCAUCGGUCCCGGCCCCGGGGACUGCACUGCCUGCCAGCGGGGGCGCUUCUUCCUGAGCUCCAAUCUGACCCCCACCGUGGGGCCGGCAGUUGGCCAAUGUGUGGUUGAUUGUGGUCCGCGGAGGUUCGCGCGCGGAGCCGUGUGUGCGAGCUGCUCGACGGGUUGCGGCUCUUGCUUUGGCGCCCAAUCUGCGGAGUGUCUCUCCUGCGAGAGCCCGACGGAUUUCCUGCAGGAGGGCUCCUGUGUGAAUGCCUGUUCCAGUGGCUUUUUCGUCUCCCCCACCGGUGGCAGCAUUGACGAUGGGAGCAAUGGCGAUAGUGGCGGCGGGGCCAACAGCGACAGCAGCAGCAGCAGCAGCAGCAGCGGCGGCGGCGGCGGUAAUUCAACGACCACGCAGGCGUGCUUCUCCUGCUAUCCCUUCUGUGCCUCCUGCAGCGGUCCUUCCAAUCGGGAAUGUCUUUCUUGCGAUCCGGGGUUCGUCCUGCAAUCGGGCACCUGUCGGCCCUCCUGCGGGCCGGGCUUCUUCCUGCCGAAGAAUGCUGGCGGCUCUUCGACCGGCGCGACUCCAGUCUGCCAGCCAUGCCAUGGGGCCUGUAUGACCUGCUACGGGCCGCUCGCGAGCCAGUGUCAGUCCUGCAUUCCCGGGCGCAAUCUGCUGGACCUGAAGCCUCUUGAUGCUCCGCCGGGCAUGGCUGGCCUUUGCUUGCAGGACUGCCCGACUGGCUACUUUGUGGAGCCCAUCAAGCGGCAUUGCAUUUCCUGUCCGUCGCAUUGCCACAGCUGUCGGGGGCCGCAUCCGGUCUUCGAUUGCUUCGAGUGUCAGCUGGGCGCCCGGCGUGGGGCCGGUCCAUGGGGCACCUGUGGCUCGACCUGUCCUCCGGGCCAGGUCCCCCUGACCUUGCCUGGGUGGUGUCGGAUUUGCGCCAGCACUUGCACCCAGUGUGGGCAGCAGCGGAAGUUGCUGGCGGCCAGGCGCAGCGUGGAGGCUCGUGCGUCGAUGCCCUCGUGCAUGGUGAUCGAGGGCCUCCGGCGGGAGAGGCUUCUUCCCGAGAGCGAACUCGGCGAAAUGGCCCUGGCGGCCGUGGACAUCGCUGGCGAGCAUGAGCUCAUUUCCUGCGAGGAUGAGUGUGAGCCUGGCUUCGGGAUUGACAUUCACACGGGCGCGUGUGUGCCCUGUCCGUCGGGCUGCCGGUCCUGUGUAUUUGGCGUCUCGGUGGAUGGGGUGCCCAUCCCGACGACGUCGCCAAUGUGCCUCACUUGCUUUGACGGCUUCUUCCGGCUGCCCUCGACUGAGAAUCCCGAGCUGGUGUCCUGUCUGCCGGAAUGCCCGAAGGGCUUCUAUGGGUCCUACGAUCUGGAGGCCCCAUGGGCCGAUGUGGGCCUGCUGUCGCAGUCGGAGAAUGCCACCGACAGCCACUCUUCGGCCGCCUCAUCCUGGCCGGUGGGGUCCACCGUGUCGGGGUCGGAAAUCCCGCGGCCCACCAUCCUGCCCGUCGUGCCGAUGGCGUGUCUUGCCUGUCAUCCAGCAUGCGAGCAAUGCACGGACGCCGGCAUCGAGGGCUGCACCGGGCGACUGGAUUGCUCAAUCUUGCGGGAGGCCGGCACUCAGGACCCUCUUAAUCGCUGCUUCAGUGGCGCGGAUGUCAUCCUCCUGUGGGUAGUCAUGGGCGUUGGCUUUGCCUUGAUCCUGGCCACGCUAUUUAGCUUCUGGCUGUUCUUCGGCUGCUGGCGCUAUCACCGGCUGAAGGCUGCCUCGGAAAGCAAGCAGAAGGCCUCGCUGCGGGCGGCCUUCUUCGGGGUCGGCUACCCGACGCACAUUUCCGAGACCAUUCUGGUCAUGGAUCGCAUUGAGGGCCCGGAAGGGGACAUGUCGCAGGAUGACAAAUCCGUCGAGGGGGUCAAUCCCGAAGACAUGACCAUCAUGAAUACGCUUCCUGCCCUUGCUUUGCCGGGCAUUCUGCGCGUGGACUUCGCGCUCGCGGUCGAUACAUCGGACAUCCGGCGAAUCUUGCGCCCGGGCUUCGGCCCUAGCAAGAGCGGCAAGGGUUACUUCAUCGAGUCCAGCUCGCACUCCUCGCUCACCCGGUCGCCUACCUCCUCCAUGCACUCGGGGUCGUCUGGCUCGGAUCCGGAUUCGAGUGACCCAUUGAGCACCGGCCUGCCGACCCUGACGCCGAUCCUGCGGCCAGGGCCCUCCUCCGGUCUCACGCCGCGGGUGGUGAAUGCCAUGGAGGCGGAGCGUCUGUCGCCGCCCCUGCUGUCACUGCCCUCCUUCGACUCGACCAACUCCCUGAACACGUCCACCGACUGGAGCAACACCUCGAUGCCGGUCCCGCUCGGCGAGGGCACCCAGGCUAGUGUGCUGCCGGUGACGCUCCUGUGCCCGCGCAUGGCCGAGCGCGCCGGCAGCAACACCGCCGUCGCCAAGGUAUCCUGCAUCUCGACCUUGCGAAAGACCCACCUGCCGGACGAUGGCAAGGCGCUGCAGCAAAAGCGCGACAUGUUCCUGCAGGAGGUGUCCGUCAUGUGGGCCCUGGCCGAGUCCCAAGGGCCCGGUGCGGCGCACAUUGCCAACAUCAUCGGCUACAGCGAGCGGCCGUAUGUCAUCUUCCUGCAGCGCUACACCACCGAUCUGGCGGCCUUCCUGGCCGAUGCGGCCGCCAGCACCCAUGCCAAUGGCGAGGCGUUUGGUGAUGAUGCUUCCUCCGAGCCGCCGGUCGAGGGCCAGGUCCCCAUGCCGCGUGCCUCCUUCCGCCACCUGUCCAUCAUCCUGGAGCAGCUUGCCAUGGCCCUGCGCCAUGCGCACGACAACCAAAUCGCCCACUGUGAUGUCAAGCCAGCCAAUGUCUUCCUCGACUAUGACCCGCACUAUGUCCGUCCGAGCACCUUGCGGGCCGGGGACCCGGCGGCCCCCCGACGUGCCGGGCCCGACCAAGGCACCACCCGUCCAGGGGCUUGGGUGGCGGUGCUGGGAGAUUUCGGUGUGGCGCGGCCGAUCACCCGCUCAAGUGCCCUGCUCAAUGACUCCCUCAUCGACGGCAUGACUGCGGCGUACUCGGCCCCCGAGCUUCUUGUGGCUCGGCGUGACAAGUCCCGCAUCCAUGACCCGGCGGUGCGCAUCCAGUCCGAUGUCUACGCCUUCGGAGUCAUUGUGACCGAGAUGUUUACCGGGGCCCGGCCCUGGCGGGGCCUGUCGGCGGACGAGAUCGGCGCCCGGGUCAUCCGCGGCGACCAGCCGGCCUUCGUCCCGGUGGCCCCCUGGCUGGUCCCCCGUGCGCCCUUCCUGGCAACCAAGGCAUACAUCGUCGCGCAGUUUGACGCUCUGGCAACCGCCUGCAUGACCCAGGACCCGGACGACCGGCCGUACAUCGGCCCGGAGCUGGUCCAGCAACUGACCACCGACGCCAACAGGUGCUGGGUGCUGAGAUGACCACGCACCGGCGGGCUAUGGCGAAAAUGUCAUUCCCCCGAUGGUGGGGCUUUUCCCCUCCGCCCACCGGUGGUAUAAAAGCCGCUGCCGGGUGGGUGUCUGAGCUCCGGCUCGGCUCUUCCACGGGCCUCGCCCCGCACCGACCAAACUCCGGGAUUCGCUUCUCAUGAAGGCUUCUCUGGAUGUUCCCUCGCUGGGUGUCUGUGGAUGCAUCUUUUCGCCUCUUUGUGUUCACCUCUUGCCAGGGGGGGGGCGUCCCCAGUCUGGGGUUCUCCCCCUCGAGGGGAGGUGACACACAUAUGACGGGACAUCGGUGCAUGCACGGUCAUCCGGCGCUCUUUCUUUUUGGGGUGGUCAGAGGCCAAUGUUGUCGUGUGUGCGUGUGUGUGUGUGGCUACCCACCACACCGCCCUCGACAACAUCGACCUCUCUCCCCUCCUCCUCUUCACAUACAACAUAUACAUACACAUCAUAUCAGCGUGUUCUCGGCCCCCCGUUAGCGGCCGUAACCCCAAUAUACAUACUUCGACAAGAGAG